UAUGCUCGCUGAGUGUGAUGUUUUUGUCCGCCUCUCCACUUGGACGUGGUGUCAGUCUGCAGCUGGUCGGCUCUAUAGAGGUAGAAGAUGUCCAUCGUGCGCUACGCGAGCUCUGAUUCGCUGGGGACGGCGUCUCUGUGCUCGCAAGGAUCCACCGUCAGUCCCAUGAUGACGGUACUAGACGACUCGAGCACUGAGCGUAUCGACCGUGUCUCCGACGGGACCACUGACGGCGGGGGAGACGCGGAAGAAGGAGCAGAAAAAGACGGUAUCAGGUUUGAGAACAGAGAGAGCCUGGCUCACGAUCUCCAGUUCCUGGCCAACAUGCCAGAGCUCUGUGAUACAACAUUUCUCGUGGGAGAAGAGAGGCAACCCAUCUGUGGAGUGAAGGCUAUUCUAGCUGCCAGAAGCAGAGUUUUUCGGAGGUUGCUAUUUGGCGACAGUCGCAAACAGGGCAAGAAGAAGGCAAACCCCUCCAAACCACCAGACGGAUACAUCGAGAAAUACGACCUCAGGGGAAACCCGGUCGUCGUGGUGACGGACUUUGAACCGGGGGUCUUCAAGUUGCUGGUCGACUACAUACACACAGGUUCCGUGAUGCUCCAGGCGAGAUCGCUCCUGGGACUCAUGAAUGCUGCGGAUCACUACGGUUUGGAAGACCUAAAGCUUGCCUGCAUUAGAUUCAUGGAACACUGCAUUACGGUUGACACGGUCUGUUCUUUACUAGCCUCGGCUGAGAAAUACAUCCAGUACAAGUCGACAAAGAUUCUCGUUCAGAAAAUGUUUGAAUUCGUCGACGGUAACGCAGAGAAGAUUCUGUCGCUGGGAGCAUUUCAGCAGCUUCCACAGCACGUGGUUCGCAUCGUGCUGGGUCGAGAGGAGCUGCAGGCUCUGGAGGUGACAAAGUUCAACGCAGCGUAUCGGUGGACUCUGCGCUAUGUGGAGGAGCGCUCGGCGGAGACACCAAAAGAGGUGUUUGAGCCAUUUGUGGACGUGAUUAACUUUGCCAGGAUCCCCGCGAGGGAUCUGAUGCAGAACGUGAGGAGAGCGGAAGUUGUCGAAGAUCGUGUGAUACUGAACGCCCUGGCGACGCAGGCGGACCCCUCCAGUAGCAGCGAGGGAGCGAGACAGGGGAGCAGGCUGAGAAAAACUGCAACAGUUCCCUCAGAUAUCGAGGGUCGAAGUGCGACCACGCCCUCUCCGCAGCCUCCGAAGAGAGAGAGGGAAAUUCGAAGAGCUCAGUCGUCCAAGUCGAGUCUGACUCACGUGAUUGACGCUAAUGGAGGGGAUUCCUCGCCUGCCGAGGGUUGGAAGAGAGGGGGCGCGGCUUCCGUCCCGUCGCUGGUUGAGGUUGGAAUAGAGACACAACUGCGGCAGAAUGGAACGGAGAUGGCGCACAAUCGCGACACGAACAGAGUCAGUCCAGCCACCUCACAGAAUAGUACCACCGGCGAUACUGAUAGUAGUCAUGACAACAGUAACCGUGACAGCAUGUCCAGCUUUGGAAUGGAGGGGGAUGCCCCUGUCUUAACGAGCUCUCCAGUGAACCUCAGCAGACAACGGCAGUUUUUAUCCUACAAUGCCCUAGACAUGAUUGUAACCACUAGCAACCCUGACAAUGCUCCUGUAAAUGUCUGAUGUUCUCGUAUUCCACCAAUUUUGUCACUUAUUUCAGUGUAUGUUAUACAUACAGGCAGCUGCAAGUAUUACCACGUCUUACACAACCUGUUUGUUUUUUAUUAUUAUUAUGCAACAUUUCUUAUGAAGUC